AUGACUACAGCAAAGACUUUAGAACUAUUUUCUAAGAAAGAAGUUGCCAAUCAUACCAAAAGAGAGGACUGUUGGGUUACCAUUUUUAGUAGAAAAAUUUAUGACGUUACCAAGUUUUUAGACGAAAACCGCGAUUUUGAUAGUCUUUUGUUAGAUUAUGCAGGUACUGAUAUCACAGAUGAACUAGUUAAUGGUAAGCUCGAUGAAAAAUACAAGGCCUUAGAUAAUGAUAAUUAUCUGGUCGGUUAUGUGGCCACUGCCGACGAAGAGCAAAAGUUAUUGACUAAUAAAGAUCAUAAAGUGGAAGUCACCCUAGAACAAGAUUUUGAUUUGGCAACUUUGGUUGUGGAAUUACCACCUGAAGAAAAAUUGACCAUUGCAACUAAUUAUGAUAGAGAUUUUAAGAAACACAAAUUCUUAGAUUUGAAUAAACCAUUGUUACCACAAAUUUUGAAGGGUAAGUUCACUAGAGAAUUUUAUGUCGACCAAAUCAAUAGACCAAGACAUUAUGGUCAAAAAUCUGCUCCCCUCUUUGGAAAUGCCUUCUUAGAACCAUUUUCUAAGACUGCUUGGUGGGUAGUACCAACUUUCUGGUUACCAGUGGUUUUCCACUUUUUCAGAGUUGCUUUAAAGAAUAUGAACAACCCUCUAGCCCUAUUUUUGUUCUGCGUAGGUGUCUUCGUAUGGACGUUGCUUGAAUAUUGUUUACACAGAUUCCUUUUCCAUUUCGAUAACUAUUUACCGGAGAACAAUAUCGCUUUUGCACUUCAUUUCUUGUUGCAUGGUUUCCACCACUAUUUGCCAAUGGACCCUUAUCGUUUAGUGGUCCCACCUGCUUUGUUCAUUAUAUUGUGUGCGCCAAUCUAUAAAACUGUUUUCCUUUUACUACCCUACUACUGGGCAUGUGCUGGUUUUGCAGGUGGUUUGUUUGGUUACGUUUACUACGACAUGUGUCACUAUGCUUUACAUCACAGCAAAUUGCCACCUUUCAUGCGUAGAUUGAAACAAUAUCAUUUGGAACAUCACUACAAAAACUAUGAAUUAGGUUACGGUAUCACCUCUUGGUUUUGGGAUAAAGUAUUUGGUACUUACUUAAGUAAAGAUGCACCAGCAUCUGUCAUGAAAUUUGAUUAA